UUUAGGGUUCUUGGGAAGAGGGAAAUCGUGCGAGCGGCAAUGGCGCUAGCGUCGGCGUGCUGCUCCGGAUCGGCAUUUCCCACAGCGAUCUGGGAGAGAGGGCGAAAGCUGCUGAUGGAUCGACAGCGCUGGUCGAUCGUCCACAUUCCUGGCCACGAGGAGGUCGAUUCAUCGGCAACAGUGGAUGCUUUUGCUGCGCACAUUCAAGGAAAGCUUGCGAGUGUUCUUAUAAAGGAGCUUAGUGUCGUAUUUCCUCUCACUGACUUGAGCCAUAUAAAACGAAUUCGAUCGAAGCGCGAUACAGAAGGUCCCCUUUCGAUCAUUCUGUGCACACGAACCGAUGAUUCAAGCGCGAUUCCAUCGCAAGUAGCCGAGCUGGUUGAGAAGCACAGCUUGGAAACUUUCAUUGCCAAGAUUCCUAAGCAUCCGGCUGCAGACAGGGAAGAAUGGGCUACCCAAUACAAUCUCUGGCCGACAACGUUCCACCCCAGCAGUGCAAGGCCUUCGAAAAUCCAGUUUAACGAAGACGAAGAGAGAACGAUAGCUGCAUUCAUGGUGAGAGCGAUGCAUCAAGCUUCACUGGCAAUCGACCAUGGCCGGCUUUCAAAUGGUGCUGUGAUAGUUGAUCCAUCCAUCGGCCAGGUAAUUGCUAGUGGCUAUGAUGAAUCCACUCCACCAUCUUGCACGGAUUGUUCAUCUUGCAGUGGAGGCUGGCAUCCUCUCCGGCACGCAGCUAUGGUCGCCAUUGAGCAAGCGUCCGAGAGGGAUCGACGUUUGUUUCCCGACGAUAAAGAAUGCGACGAAGCUACGCUAUCCGUCAAGAGACAACGCUGCGAAGCCAGCGCUGCCGAGAGCAUCCACAUCGAGUCGAGGUCCUCCUCUAUCACGGUCGAGGCUUCUCGGCCUUACCUCUGCACGGGAUUCGACAUAUACUUGACGAGGGAGCCCUGUGCAAUGUGUGCAAUGGCUAUGGUGCAUCAGAGAUUUCGAAGGGUCAUCUUUAGAACCUCAAAUCCAGACAAUGGAGCUCUCGGUGGGAAGUUUUUCCUACACAGACAACCGAGCUUAAACCAUCACUACACUGUCAUCCAAGCGACUCUAGCGGAAGACAACUACACACAUUAACACAAGAGCUACAAAACUUUGUUUUUGUUCAGUGCAAGCUCGAUCUCUUUGCUAAGAUUGUGAGCUUCUCUAACGUAUGAUAUCUCUUCUACUGAUCUCACAAGCACGCGAGCUUUGUUGUCAAGUUCUCUAGGACAAAUCUCGCAAACCAGAGACUGCAAGUAGCAAGAAAAAACUCCUCGUCAAUACAAGCCGCCUUUGAAAUGUA